CUCUCGAACGUGGUUCUCGUUGUGAAAGUCGCGUUUUUCGGGUUGGUUUCAUGUUUUGCGAUAUCUUCCAAAGUGCCACGAUGGAAUUGAAGCGAAAAGUAAACCCUCCUUCACUGCGUUUGUGUAAUCAACCGUCGAAAAGAUACACCAGGCUACGUGGCCAACGGGCAUGACCACUUUGCGGGCACAAAAGUUGUUCCUAUUUCCGUCCCGCUCCCUGAGUGAUAAGCCGCGCGCGUAAAGUGUAUUUCAAGGACCCGCUGUCCUGUCCACGCCCGCCCCCCACCCGUGCUCAUAAACAUUUGACCACAACAGAGGGACGACCUUGUCUGAGACGCAUUUUCCAUCUCAUCUUUCGUUGACCUCGCCAAGCGAUUUGUGCGUACUUUUGACCGAUCACCGCCCCCCCGAGGGACGAAAGCGGGUGAUUCAUACACACGAGAAAGUUGCACAAUGUGUCCAGACGAAGUGCUCGCGCAGCUUACGGAGCUGUUUGGCGAUUACAUCGGUCAGCAGCGAAUCGUGGAUACGAUCGAGAGGCUCGAUGGGAACCUGGAAGCGUGCAUUGAAGCCCUGUUAAAGAAUGAUGAAGAAGCUACUAGAAAGGAUAAACCAGCACCACCACCGAGUUCUGCACCGGUGUCCACAGACUAUCGGAAUGGGCCCGACUCCUCGACAGGAGCAAGAAGGAAAACCACUGCCCCGGCGCUUGUUAAGAACCAACAGGAGGAAAACAUUACAGCAAGCUUUGCUUCUUUACUGCAGAAAGGCAGCUUUCCGACGCAGCAGGCAGGUAGUACGAGCAAUUUGCAUACACCACGGCUUCAAGGGAAGCAUCCUCCACCGAACCUACCGAGCAAUUUCUCCUCAAUCGUUGAAAUGGUAGCACAGGGACAGCGGGUUAUGGUUCUCAUGCGUGGUGCUCCUGGCAGUGGCAAGUCACACCUAUCGCGCCUGCUCAUCGAUCGUACAUCGGCCGGUGAUUAUCGGAAUCACAUUUUCAGCGCGGACGAUUACUUCUUGGUGAACGGUGUGUACAAGUUUCAGCCGGAAUCACUCGAUAGUGCCCACCGGUUUACGCAAAGCAGCGUACUGGCGAAAGCACGCGAGGGCUGGAGUCCGAUCGUUGUGGACAACACCAACAUCCGGCUUUGGGAGAUGUUCCCGUACGUACAAAUCGCUGCCGACCAUGGUUACUACCUAGACAUCCUCGAGCCAACGACGCACUGGCGCAACAACAGCCGCAGCCUAGCCAUACGGAACACGCACGGUGUACCGGAACCGAAAAUUAAGCAAAUGCUACUAAACUUCGACAAGCUUGCGAACGUCCAGGAAUUGUAUCGAUCGUGCAAGCUCGAGCACGCAUUCUACAACCCGCCGAAAAUGCGUCACUAUCCAAUCCUACCGAGCGAUUUGAAUGUAUCCAAGACGACGACGCAAAACGAAGCCCACCAAGCGCCCACCAAACUUAUUAACCCGAAACCCUCGGUCCCGAGAUGGGAUGAGGAUUGGUCACUGAUGAGGGAUGCGAAGGAAGAGGAGAAAUUUAUGAAUGGGCUGACAUCGUCGAUAAUGGAGGUUGAUUUGGCUAAAAUUCCGCUUCCAAAACCACCACGCGCGGCGGAUCCACAGACGCCACAUCGACACGAACCGAUCGUUUUACAAGAAGGGGCAGUAGGUGGUGGUUCUGCAUCCAACUACACCACCGCCCGUGGCUCAUCGCUGGAAGAGGAAAAUUUCUCUUGGGAUUUUACCGAGGAUUGGCGCCUGACGGACAACUGGAAGCCGUACGAUAAAGAGAGCACCCAAUUCUGGGGACAACCAGAACCGUCUGCAACGGCAACACCAGAUCGGGGGAAAGAGUCUCCUCCAGCAUCGUCGAUGCUGUUUGGCGCACCGCAACCGAUGCGUCCCAGAAAGGGUGUAGGCGAAUCGCGACCACAAGGUCCGAAUGAUGCGUUGUUAACGAAAAAACAUAACACCACCCCUGAGAAGACAGCGCUAAAUCGACACAAGCGAGGUUGUCCGAAUGAAAAUGCUAGUUUCUCCGAAAUCUGUGCCCUAUAUCCGAAGGUGCCGGAGGCCUAUCUGUGGGACCUGUUUGAAAAGUGCAGUGGUGACGGUGAUUGGGUAGCGAACCUUUUACUCGAAGAGCAGAAGUUGGAAAACUUUGAAAGUGUCUCUCAAACCGAUCCGAGUGAAGGCGAAGAUGUGGCCGGGGCACUGCAGCAACUCGAGUGUAACUGCCACGAACCUUCGCCGCCAAUGAAAACCGAACAGCUCAUAGAUUCAACGAAACUGGACAUUGUAGAAACGGUGGUUGAGAUUGAAACGGAUCGAUCCUCGACUCCGGAAGCGGGACGAUUGCUACAGCAGCAAUCACCAAGGGAAACGAUUCGCCGAGGGCAGGAAGGUCGCGUGGCGGCUAAGAGAGAGCUGGAAGCUAGAGUUGUGCUCGGGAAUGAACACUUUUCGGAGCACAUCCGCAAAAUCCGCUUGG